UUCAGAUUAUCUGUUUUAUGUACUACUGUCAGGAUAAAGUGAAAUUUUUAGCAAAAAUGACAAACAAUUAUUUUUAUAAAAGUUACCCACUGCGGCUUUAAAAAAACUUUUCAUUUUUGGAAGUUGUAAAUCUGUUCAGAAUUGUAAAAGAUAAGAAUUGUGAAUCCCACAUGAAUCAAAAAUGUUUUCCAACCCUACAAAAUCAAUUUGAAUUAAUUAUACAAGAAAAAAAACUAAAAAAACAUUGCAAUGUGCAUCGCAAAAUUUUAGAUAAGCUGCCCUGAAAUCAGGCAUUUUAGACAACAACAAUCCUAAAAAAGCCUGCACAAUCCUGGAGAGACUGAAAAGGAACCUUCAGUUUGAUAUCAAACAGUAAACAGUUGUUUCCAUUCAUGUGAACUACAUCUGUUUUGCAUGUGUGUGUACUCGUGUGUUAAACCUCCAGGUGUCCAAGAGGCUGAAUCCCAGGCAAGAUUUACAAGAUGAAGGGCUUUGUUACCAUGGAGAAAGUGAAUCUGAGCAUCCUUCCAAUGCUUUGAACCUUCCAGCUCUGAGAUACGGGGCACAGGUCAAAAUGUUCCAGAACCAGGUUCCUCUGCUACCUGGAGAGACCAUCCAGACUACAGUCAAGGAUGUGAUGUACAUCUGUCCAUUCAGUGGUCUGGUUAAUGGGACCCUGACCAUCACAGACUACAAGCUCUACUUCACCAGUGUGGAAAGGGACUCUCCAUUCAUUCUUGAUGUGAACCUGGGAGUCAUCAGCAGACUGGAGACCAUCACUGUUCCCAACCAGGGAGAGAACACCAAAGGACUGGAGCUAGUCUGCAAGGACAUGAGGAGUCCCAGGUUUGCUUAUAAGACAGAGGAAAGCCAUCCGGAUGUGGUGGAGGUUCUGGCCAAACAUGCCUUCCCCCUCUCCCACAACCUG